GUGUCUUUUUUUUGCAAUAGAGUCGAUGCUGCGAAAGUUUCAGGUCUGCAUCAACCGACUGUUUUACACAAGCUUUACAGUUUGUGCACUGGAACACAACACAGUGUGGAAGGUGGUGCGUUAGCUAUUGUUGAGCAACGCGAGAAGCUUCCCAUUUUUGGCUCAUUUUAAAAGUUCUCACAUUUUUUAAGUAAUAGUUUUUCAGCUUGGUUUUAGCUUUUCAUUCCGUUCAGUUGCAGAUGGGGUAUUUCGUCCUGUAGUUAAGUAUUUGUUUCGAAAAUUUGAAAGAAAAAGUGAAGCCAAGAGCUGCGGUGGGUCCUAAGCAACAUGCCGAUAAGGCGUUUUGGGUGCCACAAGUCUCUCGUCUCGCGCUCUGAAACGCCAAAACUGUCGUAUGGUUACUCGAAAAUGAAUGUUUCAAGAAACGGAUACCGUGUGUUUUCUGCCAACUCCAGCACUGCUUCUGCCCAGCUGGCCAAGAAGAUAACAGAACGCUUGGGUGUGGAGUUGGGCAAGUCUGUCGUAUACCAGGAGGGGAAUGCAGAGACCCGAGUGGAUGUGAAGGAGUCUGUUCGUGGACAAGACAUCUUCAUCAUUCAGACCAUUCCCAGAGAUGUCAACACUGCCAUCAUGGAACUGCUGAUUAUGGCUUAUGCUCUGAAAACAUCCUGCGCUAAGAACAUCAUCGGGGUCAUCCCAUACUUUCCAUACAGCAAGCAAUGCAAGAUGAGGAAGAGGGGAUCCAUUGUUUGCAAGCUACUGGCCUCCAUGUUGGCUAAAGCUGGGCUGACUCACAUUAUCACAAUGGACCUCCAUCAGAAGGAAAUCCAGGGCUUCUUUAGUUUCCCUGUUGACAACCUGAGAGCUUCCCCCUUCCUCAUCCAGUACAUCCAAGAGGAGAUCCCAGAUUACAGGAAUGCUGUCAUUGUUGCAAAGUCGCCAUCGGCUGCAAAGAGGGCGCAGUCUUACUCCGAGAGGCUGCGGCUCGGCUUGGCAGUCCUGCACGGCGCCGCUCACAGUUUAGAGUCCAGCAUGGGCGAUGGCCCGACUUCACCGCCGCCAGCUCGCUUCAAUGCUGGACACACCGGCCUGGAGCUGCCACCUAACACAGUCAGCAGAUCUCGUGUCCCAUUUCCAGGGAUUGAGCUUCCAAUGAUGAUGGCAAAGGAGAAGCCACCCAUCACUGUUGUCGGAGAUGUUGGAGGAAGAAUCGCCAUUAUUGUUGACGACAUCAUUGAUGACGUGCAAGAGUUUGUUGCAGCAGCAGAGAUCCUGAAGGAGCGAGGAGCCUACAAGAUCUACAUCAUGGCCACACAUGGCCUUCUGUCUGCAGAGGCACCCAGACUGAUAGAAGAGUCUGCCAUUGAUGAGGUGGUGGUGACCAACACCGUGCCCCAUGAGGUCCAGAAGCUCCAGUGUCCAAAGAUCAAGACAGUAGACGUGAGCAUGAUCCUUGCAGAGGCCAUCCGUCGCAUUCAUAACGGAGAAUCCAUGGCUUACCUGUUCCGGAACAUCGCUGUGGACGACUGAGGCAACCACACAUACCAGAUUACACUCACUUAUCAAGCAACCAAAGACCAUUUACAGUGUUCAACUCAUGUGGAAGUUUAGGAACAUUUUUGUUUUCUAACAGAAACAUGAUGUAUCACUUACAGCGUCGCAUUAUUCCUUCGAUAUCAAAUGGCAAAUAAAGCUAUUCUAGGGUGACACAUUGUUUUUGAUUGUGAUUGGGACAAUGAAUUUUAAACAGUAGGUUCACAGUUAAUUAUUAUCAAAUGUAUCAAUAACAAAUGCACAAAUUUCACUUUGGUAGAAGUCAAUUUUAUUCAUAAACAAGUAAGACAGUAAAUACAUGAUUGAUACAUAACAUGUUGCUGUGUUAGUUCCAGGACCCUGAACUUGUUCUAAACGCCUCAGGGUGACUUUAAUCAGCUGAGGAGCUUUGACCAAGUCCAGGGGCAAAGAAUUAUCCCACAUACGUAGCAAUGCUGUUAAAAUUCAUGUAGAAAAACACACACAAUGCUCAGAAGCGAACUUAUCUGUGAAAAAUACCGACAGCCAUAAGUCCAAGUUGCCCGCUUUGUGAAGACAUUUGUCACACACCUGUGAAGGAAAGCACCAGCAGACUGCGGAAGACAGCUUAAAAGUGGUCCGAAAGGGGAACUGCCGACUAACGUUUACCCGGCCAUUUCCUCAAAAUAAAACAGGAAACUUGUUUUAUUCUAAUCUGAGUUGAGUGUGGGGAAGGUUUUACUGGUAGAUUAAACCUGAGCAUCACCUCAACACGGCAGGUCACAAUUAAAUAAAAACAUAGCUCUUAAACUGUAGGUUCAAACAAGCAAUCGACUUAGAAGUAAACAUUCAGGUUUCCUCCCAUUUUGAUUGUACUGUAUUUUGUACUGUAUUACUGAUGAAUACUAUUGACUCCUUUCCACACACAUCUGCCCACAUCUUCCUCUGGUGUUUUUUUUUUUUCCUCUUUAGGAGUUAAUAUGGGUUGGCAAACUCCCUCAUUUGCGUCAUUCACUGUCAACUACAGGGCUGGAGUGUGGAGCAGAAGUUUGUCAGCAAAAUAUUCAAUAAUGAUAAAAAUAAAUCCACAAAUUAACUGGUAUAGGGUUCACCAAAAGUACAUAAGGGACAUCUUGUUGGCAGGGCCAACCAACAUGCCUGUUUUUGGGGGGUGUUGCCUUUAAUUGCGUAAGUUUGCAAAUAAAAUAAUUCAAAUAUUGUAUAUUGUAUCUAUCUAUCUAUCCUGUUUUAAAUAAGACAGUAUACAACAGUAUAAAUUCAGUGUACAUGUUUAUGAUACUGUAUAGCAGGAUAGCAGGUGUAUCCAACUUCCAGCACUAUUAAAGCUGUUUAAGCUGUAGGAAUACUGUUAAAAACUGUUUAUCUAGCCUUGCUCUGGGUCCUUUUUUCAGUAUAACUUGACAUGUGUGACUGUUCAGUGUUUCCCUGCUGCUGUGCAGUUCAAGAGUAUGAACAUGCAUUGUGUUCUGUGUCCUUGUGGUGUAUUAGAACAAUAUAUCAGUGCUCUUGUCAUACACCAAAAAAAAAAAAAAAAAAAGCAAAUAUACACAUCUAUUUUAUUUAUGACUUUAUACAGUGAAAAAAAUGUAAAACAAAUAAUAUCACACAGUGGGGGCAGUACUCAGGUGGAACCUUUGUCUCGGGAGCUGUUGUGCCAAGAUUGCAUUGAGGCGUGGACUUCCGCCAACGCUCAGACGCAAUCUGGACGAAGAUGUUGCUGCUCGGUGUCCUCACUGCUGUCCACCCAUAUCUGUCCUUACAGGUCAGUUGUUGUUAAGAGGAACGAAUUCAACCUCUGUAAAUUCCUAUUUCGUUGAAGGGAAGCAUAUUUGAUAGCUCAUAUGAUAUUGUUAAGCUGUUUUUUUUAAAAUAGAGCAGGCUUAUUAGUAACGUACGGCCAGAUGCGGUUUAGACGACAGUUGUUACCGUAUGGCGGCCAUUUUGGGUUUAGAUGGCCCUCAGCCUUGUCUCACAGGCAGAUUCAUUAAAGGUAGUUAUUGGGCUCCUGCACACACUCGUGACCAACUAUUGUA